CCGGAAGUGAACAACGUGGAAAAAAAAAAGAAACAACAAGGACAGCGACGUCAGGAUUCAUGGCAUGUAUCUGCCCGAACGAAGCUGAGUAAAGUAGCAGUAAUGGACUGGGGCAGUAAUGUAAGUACCCAGGGCAUCGUGGCUCAGCGUCGCUUGAGCGUGUUAUGCCGUGCUUAGCAACAACAAUUCCAGAUUACCGCACUAACCUGAACCGGAAAUUUAUUCCUCCUCUUGGAGAAUAGUGGGCCGUGUGACGGGUAAUGACGGACCCCUGAGCCUCCUCUGUUUUGGCUCCUUGAGUAUGACAGACGUCAUGGAUGAUCCGGCAGAGUUGAGCGCCGAGAUGUGUCCGGACGUCGGAUCAGCGAGUAAGGAAGUGUGCGAGGAGUCCGUGCCGUGUAAGUCAGAGGAAGUGGAAAUGUCUCGGGAGGUGCUGGAGGACCCGGACUCUGAACGCCACGGCGCCAGACAGCAAGAGGGCUCCGAGAAGGGAGAGAGCGGAUAUGCAAGAACUAACGGGGGUAUGGAUCAGUUGGAGGAAGACAGGAACAGUGUGUUUGAUGAGUUGGAUGAAGAGAAAGAUGGGUGUAGGAAUGCCGCAAAGGACGUGUCUGGAUCCCGGGGAAAGAAAGGAAAGUCGAGAAAAACUGGCUUAGGUUCAGGUGAACAGUUUUCUUCCUGGACGUCGGUUUCGUCCUUUUCCUUGUCCUCCGGAGCAAGCAGACACAAGCAGAUCCGUCGGAGGAACCACCACCAUCACAACCAGGGCCGUCUGAGAAGACAAACCGGCUUCCAGCUCAUAGCGGUGUUCCGAGAGUUCUUGUCGGAAUCGGUCAGCCCGUGGAGUAUAUCCUGCAUCCAUAUGGUAGUGGAUCUGAUCGUGUCUCUGACGCACCACUGCGGCGUCUUCGUCGAAUCCGGAGCGAUUGCACUUUAUGACCUGGGAACGUUCUUGCUCUUUAAGGUCACCGACGUCCCGGGAAUGAAGCAGGAUAUAAGACGUGUCGUAGAUCGGACCCUGAGUACCGGUGCAGCUUUGGUGGGCUGGAUAUGCAAAAGCACGAGCUCUGCACGCCGUGUGCUGGUCUCUGCUUUCAGUCUGAUCUGCUGUAUGGCGCUUCUAAGUGCCGGGGUUAUGAGGAGCGUUGUGGAGAGGCUGGGAGGAGAGCGAGGCAGGCGAUGGUGGCUCAGACUACAGAACUCCUGGAUAAUAAUGAAAGCAGUCACACUUACCGGAAAGAUCAGAGGCUGGCUGUGGAAACGAGACGUCUCUGGACACAAAACGGUGAACCCAGAGUCUCCAUCCAGGACGGCGAGGAGUCAACCUGGACAGGAGCUCGAGAGACUGCUGGCAUUGGCGCAGAUCCCUGAAGAUGAGCUGGACCCCUUUAACGUGUUGGGUGUGAAUACACACGCCACCGAGUCGGAGCUGAAGCGGGCCUAUAGACAGCUGGCUGUACAGGUCCAUCCAGACAAGAACAAGCACCCUCGAGCCGGCGAGGCUUUUAAAGUCCUCCGAGCAGCGUGGGACAUCGUGAGCAACCCAGAGACCCGUCGUGAAUACGAGCUGAAGCGUAUGGCAGCGUCCGAGCUCUCCAAGUCCAUGAACGAGUUCCUGACGAAGCUGCAGGACGACCUGAAGGAGGCCAUGAACACUAUGAUGUGCACCAAGUGUGAGGGCAAACACAAGAGGUUUGAGAUGGAUCGUGAGCCUCAUGAAGCACGUUUCUGUGCUGAGUGUAAUAAAAGGCACAGCGCUGAGGAGGGAGAUCUGUGGGCUGAGUCGAGCAUGCUGGGCCUGAAGAUCACCUACUUCGCCUUCAUGGACGGAAAAGUCUAUGAUAUAACUGAGUGGGCGGGUUGCCAGAGAAUAGGAAUUUCUCCUGACACACAUCGUGUUCCUUAUCACAUCUCCUUUGGUUCAAAAAGUAACAGUAGCUCCAACCGCCACAGAUCUCCCUCAGGCCACACCCCAGCUCCAGGCUCUCCCUCUGACCUGCACGAUUUCUUCAGCCGUAUUUUCCAGGGAGCACCGGGCAGCGACGCCUCGCCCAAUGGUGGAUUUUUCCCACCGGGCCCAACCCCAGAUCACCCCGCGGGGGCCGGCACAGGACCGCCUCCUCAGCCUGGCUUUUUUACACAGCGAGGAGAGCCGAGCGAAAGCUGGAGCGAGGGAGGAAAAGGACAACGGAGGAGGAAAAAAGCACGCAAGCCUUUCCAGCGCUGAGAGUCGGCACAACCAGCUACGACGUCCAUGGAGGAGAACAUCGGACUGCGGCUGUGCCCGUGUUCUGUCGUCCAAAGACAACAGACUGGUCGAGGGAAAGAGCGGUGGGGUCUGUGAUUGUGUGUGAGAUCAUCUCCCUGCCAGGAACUCGAGAAGAUGAUGGUUUGACAAAGAAAAAUGAAAAAGUAUAUCAAAGUGUUUUUUUUUUCCUUAAUUACGAGGUCAUCCACGCAGGACAGUUUUGCUUUUUUAAUUUAAUCUUAUUUGUUUUGGUCGGCAAUAGCAUGGCUUUCUCAAUGAAGUUUUUUUUUUUUUUUUUUAUUGUUUAGUGUUUAACACGUUGUUCUUAACAAUCGGCCAUGAAGACACCUCAGGGAUGAUCAGAUGGUCUGCUGAAGGGCAGAAAGACACACAGCUCAUAAUCUCACCGUAACGAUCGUCCGUAGUGGUUCAGCUUCAUCUAAUACUUGAAUUUAUUUAGAAUUAAUUAUAUAUGUUUUUAAAGUUCAGGUUUGAAGCAGAGGUUAAACGUGAGGUGCAGAGAAACGUCACGAAGCCUCCGUCAGGACCGACUGUUCGGAAACGUUUGUUAUUGGUUAUAAAUAAUAAGAGUCACGAUUAUUGUCUUUUUUCUUCCAUCUGAAGACUUGGAAAAAAAAAACAACCCAAAACUGGCAUUUUCUAAAAUUAUUAAAUGACAUAUUACAGAAAAAAAACAACCCUCUAUAAUUUCUCAUGUAGUUAAUCAGCCAAGGCAUGUUCAGUGUCUGGGAUUUGUGUCUUUACCCGUCGCUCACACGUCCACAUGACAGACAAGUCAGAUGAGUUCUGUGUAAAUUUGGGCUUCGAUCCGUUCUGACGCUGUGGUGACGAUUCCCUGCUCCCUUCAUUCUGAUGACUCCAUAAGAACACACAUCGAAGCCCAAACAUCCAGCUGUUUUAUCGAAUGUGUUCGUAAUACAACAUCUCUUCCUAGAACAAAGUACAAAGUGUUAAAGUGGUGUAAAUGAUCGUCACCCCACUGACAGCAGACUGCGUACGGUUCAUCAUCUAAAACUCUACCUGAGUUCCUUCCUGGGUUUUUUUUUCCACCUCGUGCUGCAUUUCAUGUUUAGAAAACGAAAUGACAUUAAAAACUUUCGCCUAGUACGUUUUAUUAGCAGGUAUGAUGGAGCAGAUAGGCUGAUAGGCCACGCCCACAAGUCUCAUAGACCACGCCCACACACCUGAUAGAAUAAUCAAACUCCUGUUAUGAGUGAUGUAAGUCUGACUCACGUAAAGCUCAUCUGUAAACCAAACACAAGUCCCAGAACUCUCAGACCUCCAUCCAUCACUAACGCUGGACUUGUCUUGGCUGAAUGGCUGCGUUUAGGUCGAUAGUGACGUUGUAGACGUUUAUUGUUGUUUUAUUUUUUAUUUUUUUGGCCAAAAAACCACUCAUCCACUCCUGCUCUACAUCACGUAUCACUUUCUACAAGAUUACACCUUACAAUAAGUCUCCACUUAUUCAGAAAAAGGAACGAACUGAAAAAAUGGAAAUGGACCGGAUUCAAAAAAAGAAGCACUUUGAAAUAGAGAGUAGAGACGUGCAGUUGGACCGAGUGCAGAAAAGUCACGUGAAAAAGAAAGACGUCGUGUGUUAAUGUUCGGUGCUCAGUAACGUAUUGAACGUGUUUCUUCGUCCGUCUUCAGAAAAAAACGCUUCAUCCUGCCCUGAAUAAUCAUCUGUCCGGAAUUUGUGGGAAAUAAUCGAAUAAGGCCGGUGCGAACUUUGUUCACACACACACACACACGCACACACACACACACGCACACACUGACACACGCUCACACAGGGAAAGAGUCGUGAGAAGGUUUUUGCGUUUUGUCAGUCAGUGAUGUUAAUGAUGUUAAACUGAAACAAAACUGUGCUUGAGAUCCACAUCAUUCAGAGACAAAAAAAAAAACCUUCCCAAAAAUCCCAGAUCUUCACUAUGAUACUCAUGAGACGGUCAUGUCUCUCUCUCACACACACACACACACACGUGUACACGCUAACACAACACGUGACUUGGUUUUAAAACUGUGAUGCAUUUUGAGGAAACUGUCCAGAUUGAUGAAUAUUAAUGAACCUAAUUAGCCUUAAACAAAUGAAGCAGUUCUUCAGUUUACGAGAUGUGUGUGUUUUUGUUCCUCCGCGUCUUCGUCACGCUGUCACGUCGGCUCCAGAGUGAGAGCUUUAGCUGUCCUGGAUGAUCGUUUGCUGGAGAUUAGGCACGUGCUGGUAGUCAGAUACACGAUCUGUCACAGAAAAUAUUGGUAUAAAGUCACUUUACACGAUUGGCGCUCUGCAGCAUGCGUAAGGACGGAGUGUGUGUUUAGGAAGGCGCUUAACGAGCUCAAGAAAGUUUAACGUAGCUUCAAAAAGGUUAGUGGUUAUGAUGUCAUACGAUCAAGCUCCGCCCUCAUUGCCACACUAACGCGUCUAUGACGGUGGUAAAGGAUUGUGCUAAUGCCGUAAAAGAGUUUGGAUGUAAAUGUAACAUUUGCACGUGUUUAAUCUCAACUCUGGGUCUGAAUAUCGUCAAGAUUUUUGUCCUGUUUUUAUUAAAUUGGACUUUAUUUUAUCUUGGAUGUUGAGUUGUAGCUGGAUUUUUUUUUUUAAACUCUUGCACAGCUUGUUGGUAAAACAGCAUUUGAUUUUUUUUUUUUUUUUUGAAUUUGAUUCAUUUCAUAUAAUUUUUUGCUCCGAUGGCAGUGUGAAUGCUUUACUUGACUUUUCUUCAUGUGAGACUUUAGGCAGCGCAGCUGAGGACGCUGCUGAGUGUCCGGAUCCCAGAACGUCCCAGAACAAUAAGUGAAUUUAAACCCGUAUGCAAAAAGAUUUAUAUCCUUAAAAAAAUAAACAACUCAGACAAUCAUUAUAAAACUAAAUCAAUGGUGCGGGACACUUUUGGAGUCUUGAAGGUUUAUUUCAUCCUGUUCCCAUGACAAUUAAUUGCUGCUUCUUUUCAUUGUUUCAUAUUAAAGUUGAUUUCUGUAA